AUGUUUGGCUCGUUGGCAAAUCCGCCACUGGGGUGCGAGCGCCUCCGCGGCCCUGAGCCCGGGGCGGCGUCAGAUGAGGCGCUCGCUGAGCCAGAUUCAGGAGUCGGGCGGGGGCGGCGGCGGCGGCGGCGGCAGGCUCGGCUCGGUGCUGCGGCGGCGCACCUUGCCGCGCUUCUUCAGCAUCGUGGCCUGCGGAAGCGCGCGCUCAGCUACGGGCCGCCGGGGCCCGCGGACCCCGAGCCGCGCUUCGUUUUCUUCAGCAUCGUCGCCUGCCGGCCACAGCACCUCAGCCACGGUGCCGCGCCGCGGGACUUACGCGCCCUAACCGUUGACAGCCCUAACCGCGCCGGCCGCCAUUUGGUUGCGUUCGCAAUAUCAAGAUGGCGGCGCAUUCAUUGCGAUCGAUGUGAUCAAUUAUUUGAAUUCAAGAAU